UUAAGUUUACCCUUCUCUCACCUUAUCAUGAAAUGAAAAACGAAUGAUUCUUAGAUACCCAAAAGCCACAAUCAUUUUUCCACUUUGUUCAUCACUUUGAUCAUCAUUUUUUUUCUUUCCGUUCUACUUUUUUUAAUCAAACUUUACAUUAUUACAUGGCCUCCGAUGAGAAUUUGAACAUGGGUACUUUUGAUUACUACGAACACGACAGUACGGACGACGGGUACUACGAUCACCACCCGCAACAGCAUAACUUAUCAAGAUUAUCAGUCUGUACAAGCUCCAUGUACACUAACGAAGAUGAUCUUGAUUAUCAAGAUUGUGACGGGAUGAAGAUGUUCAUGUCAAGAUUAUCUAUCGAGAGCUUUGAUGCUGACGAAGAGCUUUCUGAUCAUAAUAAUAAAGAAGGAAUUAUAACCAUGCUUGAUCUUUCGUCGGGUUCGGAUAAAGAACCCGGGUGUUACUCACUUCCGGCGACUCCACCUCGCCGGAGAAUCCGCAGCGGCGGUGGUGGUUCUGGGGUGGGGAAGGAGUAUGCAAGUGAGAAUGAAGCUCGGGGAAGGAGUGUGAAGAAGGGUAAUUUUAGAAGGAAAAGAAGGGUUAUUAGAGAGUUGGACAGUGAAAAAAGUGAAAAAAAGAAGGAAGAGGAGGGAAUUACUGCGGGUACGCAGGGUAAUUAUUAUGGGUAUAGUAAUAGUUUUAGCGGUGAAAGUGAAAAUGGAGGGGUUAUGGUAAUUACAAGGCCAAAGGGAGGUAAAAGGACGUUGUGUAUGGAUUUAGAUGAAGUGAAAGCUUGUAGAGACCUUGGAUUUGAAUUGGAGCACAGUCGGGUCUCGGUUUCAGGAUCCAAUCUUGAUACGAAUACAAGCAGUGGUGGCAAUUCUCCGAUUGCCAAUUGGCGGAUUUCUAGCCCUGGUGAUGAUCCAAGAGAUGUAAAGGCGAGACUAAAGAUGUGGGCACAGGCAGUAGCACUUGCAUCUACUGCUUCUAAGUUCUGACUACUGAUAUCUAUCUGUGGAUUCUUAUGUAGUGGCGGAGCCAAUCACAAGCUUGUUUCUUAAGAGAAAAAGUCAUGAUUUCGAGCUCCACCCUCGUUGUUAUGAAAAAAAAAUCGUCGGUUAGAGUUUCUUUUCUUAUAGUUCGCCCACCUCGACUAAAUUUUCUGGCUACGCCGCUGUUUUAUCCAUACUUUUCAUUUUGCACAUUUUGUAUUUUUUUUCUUUUGUUUCAAUUUCAAUUUCUUAACUAGACUAGCUAAUCAAGUUGAGUGGAUGUGAAAAUGGAGAUUUGAGUCCAUUAUCCUUACAAAAUUUGAAAGGUUAUGUUGAUUUUGGUAUUGGGAUUUCAGGGUCAGAGUCUCACCACUUUCCUUGUGUAAAUACUUUUUUUUCACUGCUGUAAAUAUGGUUUGGUGGGUGUUGGAGGCAUUUGUUGGUUGGUUGACUCAAAACAUUUGAUUAUUAUUGCUAUUUUUGGAGCUUUUGUGUA